AUGACCCACCAAUCAGGCAUCAGACCUGCAGCAGAAUUGGUAUCGUUGUUCUGCGAAUGCAAUACUACAGAUAAUAAAGUGAGAGCAAUUUGCUCCAAAAUUGUCAAUGAAAGUAUCAAUGUUACUGGCACUAUACAUGUAUCUGGAACUUGGGAAAAAGACUUUGAAAAACUGGGUGAAUGGUUACAAGAAAGCACCCCUUGUUAUAUCAUGUAUAGAACUGAUUCUCGAAUCAAUGAAAUGGGUUCUUACGAAUGGGUAUUUAUGCAGUUUGUUCCCGAUACUGCCAAAGUACGUGAUAAGAUGCUGUAUGCCGCAUCUAAAUCUACGCUUACAAAAGAGCUCGGUGAUUCAAACUUUGUUGAUACUGUGUAUGCCACCACCAAGGAUGAUCUAUCGUUGGAAGGGUUUCAUUGUCAUGUCAAGCACAGUCAUGCAGAAGCCCCACUCACCGAACGGGAACUUGAAGCUGCUGCUGUCAAGGCUUCCGAGAGUACAGCAGAAAUUGGCAUAUCGUCACGCAGAUCUAAUGCACCUGGAGUUGCAUUUCAAUUUACUUUAGAAGCUAACCAAGCAUUCAAAGAAUUGAAAAAUGGUUCGAUUAACUUUAUCUCUCUUCGAGUAGAUCCAGAAACAGAAACUAUGCUUUUGGAUUGUUCUGCGUCUAUUCAAUUGUCAGAAAUUCAUGGAAAAAUUGAUUCACAAGCUCCUCGAUUCAUCUUUUUCAAGUCUGUAUCAAGUGAUGAUUAUGCAUUUGCAUAUGUAUCGCCUCCUGAAUGUAAAGUAAAAGAAAGAAUGCUGUUUGCUGCAUCUCGUUCAUACGUCGUUGGCGAAGCUGAGGCAAUUUUGGGACUCGGCAUUAAAGCAAAGUUUGAGGUGGAUACAGUGGAUGAAUUUGUAUCAAGUUUUGAAGAUCACUGCAAGCAAGUUACUGAAAAGGCUUCCCCAUCUGCGCUUAGAAAGCCUGCAUUUGCAAAACCAAACCGACCUGGUCGCAAAUAA